CAAAAUUGGCGGCCCAUCUAAAAACGGCAAACCCAACUAGCUAAAAACCCAAAUUCAUUUCCUUUUUAUCUUCUCGUCUUCUCAGCUGAGGUGCGCCUUCUUCACCAGCAGGAAUAAUUUCUGGUUUUCAUCUUCAGAAUAUGAAGGUCAUUAGUUAUAACCGCAUCAUUAAUCCCAGUUUUUUGCUCAUAAAUCAUGAGUUGCCUUCCAACACGUUCCAUCGACCCCGGUUAAUAUCCACUUCAGCUCCAAGUAUUUCAAGUUUCGAUAUGAAGAAAAAGGACUUGAUGAUGAGAUUACCGUGCUGCUUUACUACGAGAGCUGCUCUUUCAUCUUCAGUGAAGACAGACACUUACAGUGGAAGUAAGAAACAAAAGAGCUCAUCUUUCUACACUCAUCCUAGUUUAUUAGAGAUGAAGAAUGAGAAGGCAGCCAACCGUGUACGUGUUUAUGAAUUCUUGAGAGGCAUUGGCAUUGUACCUGAUGAGCUCGAUGGAUUAGAGCUUCCUGUGACUGUGGAGGUCAUGAGAGAACGUGUGGACUUUCUUCACAAAUUGGGACUCACAAUUGAAGAUAUUAACAACUAUCCUCUUGUUCUGGGAUGCAGUGUGAAGAAAAACAUGAUUCCUGUGCUUGAUUAUCUGGGCAAACUGGGUGUUAGAAAAUCCACCUUGACAGACUUUUUGCGGCGGUACCCACAAGUUCUACAUGCAAGUGUGGUGGUAGACCUUGCUCCAGUUGUGAAAUAUCUUCAAGGCAUGGAUAUUAAACCAAAUGAUAUUCCGCGAGUACUGGAGAAAUAUCCUGAAGUGUUGGGGUUCAAGCUUGAGGGCACAAUGAGUACAUCAGUUGCUUAUUUAGUAGGAAUUGGAGUGGCAAGAAGAGAAAUUGGUGGGCUUCUGACUAGAUAUCCUGAGAUAUUAGGGAUGCGAGUAGGUCGGGUAAUUAAGCCAUUUGUAGAAUAUCUGGAAGUCUUGGGAAUUCCGAGGCUAGCUGUGGCUAGAUUGAUUGAGAAGCAUCCUCACAUUCUUGGGUUUGGACUACAAGAAAGGGUAAAACCAAACAUUCAAUCCCUUUUGCAGUUUCAUGUGAGGGAAGCCACACUUCCUUCAGUAAUUGCACAAUAUCCUGAGAUCUUAGGAAUCGACAUGGAGGCAAAGCUUUCAAGUCAACAAGAAUUUCUCAAUUCAAUAAUUGAAUCUACUCGUGAAGAUUUUGGGCGAGUUAUUGAAAAGAUGCCACAGAUUAUCAGUCUCAGUAAAGCACCUGUAGUGAAGCAUGUUGAUUUCCUCAAGGGAUGUGGUUUUUCCUCAGAACAAGUGAGAGAAAUGGUCGUGGGAUGUCCCCAGGUACUUGCUCUAAAUCUCGACAUUAUGAAGCAGAGUUUUGAGUAUUUCAAAACCACAAUGGCAAGGCCUUUGGAAGAUUUGGUUGCUUUCCCUGCUUUCUUCACUUAUGGUCUGGAGUCCACAAUAAAACCAAGACAUAAAAAGAUCGCUGAGAAGGGCUUAAAAUGUUCCCUGGCAUGGCUUCUUAAUUGUUCUGAUGAGAAAUUUGAUCAGCGGAUGAGUUACGACAUUAUUGACAUGAAAGAAAUGGAAGUAGGUGAAUCAUCCUUCGAUAUGAAUACUCUACUGGAGCCCAGAAAUGAUGAAUCAGCCUCUGAUUACGACGAUGAUUACAGUGAAGACGACAAUGUAUAGACUACUCAAGUGGAUGUUCUGUUCACCCCCCAGAGUAUGUAAAUGCUAACUAUUUCAAAUUUUCUGAGUUUUCAAUGGCCAUGAAGGUGGCCAAUGGAGUUUAUCGAACUGAAUAUAGAAAGGGGGAUAUAAUUGAUUGUUGAUUGGUCCGAAUUUCUGAAAUGAAUCUUAGAAGUUAGAACCUUA